AACUGGACCAUGUCAGAACCUCAGCAACUAAAAAAUCGCCUCGAAGCUAAGCGCAUUGAGCACGAGCUCGAGCGUGAGCACCAAAGGAAGGUAUUCGAAUUGGAGAUGAAAAGGUUAGAAGACGAGCACAAGAAGGAAGAGCAGCAAUUGCUGUCCUCUAGCAGCUGUCCUAGUAGCCCACCCCCUGGCAAGCAUCUUUUACCCUCUUUCAUCGAUUCGAGAAGAUACUCAGACGAGUUUGAUUUUGAAGACGACGAUAAAUUUCCUGUUUUGAUCAAGGACAUCGAUGGAAAGUUUAAUACAAAGUUGUCAAUCUCUAGGCCGCCUUCUACUAACUCAAAAUAUUACGAUUUGGAUUUCAACAUUCCUAACAACCCUCCAUAUCCGCUCACUUCACCCAAUCCACCGGUGAAUGCGAACAGUAGAAGGAGCUUAACACCAAAUCAGUCUCAGCAAAAGACUGCUGCUUCCCAGUCUCAGCCCCAGUCGCAGGCUCAAUCAAAUCAGAAAGUUGAUCACGAUUUAAAUAGAUUCAUCGGUGUAAAAUUAGAGGAUAUAAAAGGUGAAAUCUAUAGCUUAUGUAAGGAUCAACAUGGUUGCCGUUAUUUACAGAAAAAGUUAGAAGAUGAUGACGCAGUUGAUGAAGUUGUCGAUGGUGUUCAGUUGACUUCCAGACAACUUAUUUUUAACCAGAUUUAUACGCAUUUCUCGGAGUUAAUGACAGAUCCAUUCGGAAACUACCUUUGUCAGAAAAUGCUCGAAUUCGCAAAUGAUCAACAGAGAGAUACACUUUGUGAAACCGUUUCACCUGAAUUAGUCACAAUUUCUUUGAAUAUGCACGGUACACGUGCUGUACAAAAAAUGAUUGAUUAUCUCUCAACAAGAAGACAAAUCAAUACAAUUAUCAUGAGUUUAUCUUUGAACGUUGUCACUCUCAUAAAAGAUCUAAACGGAAAUCACGUUAUACAAAAGUGUCUUAAUAGAUUAAUUCCGAACGAUAAUCAAUUUAUUUAUAACGCAGUAGCCUCAAAUUGUAUUGAAGUCGCUACUCACAGACAUGGUUGCUGCGUUUUACAAAGAUGUAUUGAUCACGCUUCUGAUCAACAACGCAUUCAAUUAGUUACUGAGAUUACUUAUCACGCUUUAACUUUAAUUCAAGACCCCUUCGGAAAUUACGUUGUACAAUACGUACUUGACUUGAAUGACAAUAGGUUCUCUGAUGGUGUCGUUAGACAAUUCUUAGGACAUAUUUGUGCAUUGUCAGUACAAAAGUUUUCUUCUAAUGUCAUUGAAAAGUGUAUAAGAGUUGCAGACGCAUCAACUCGUUCAAGUGUAAUAGAUGAAUUAAAUCAUCGCCCACGUCUCGAGAAGCUUCUUAGAGACGCUUUUGGAAAUUAUGUUGUACAAACAGCCUUAGAUUUCGCUGAACCAGUUCAAAGGAUAGCAUUGGUUGAAGCAAUUAGACCAAUUUUACCAAUGAUUAGAAAUACUCCAUAUGGAAAACGCAUACAAUCAAAAUUACAAAGAGCAUCUAUGUUCAUUAGAGAUAGUUCAGACCCAACAUUCGGUUUAAGACCUGCUGGACCAACAGGCGUUGGUAACCCUGGCGGAUUUAGAAGUGCAUCGGCAUCAAACUUUGGUGGUAGCCCUUCACCUAGUUUAUUAGGUAUGGGUAGAAGUGUUUCAUCACAUGGAUUAGAUUAUCAAUCACUUUCAACACCUUUCUUAGGUGUUGAUAAUCAAUCCAAUACCGCAUUAGCUGCUGCUGCACACCAUCAACACGCUCAACAAUUAGCUGCAUUGGCUAACGUUAAUGUUAACCCAGCGGGUCCAGUCAAUGGUGAUAGUAGAUUAGUACACCCAAUUAGUUUAAGAAAUCCAGUCAACUUGGGUACUAUAAACGCUGCAGCUGCUAACGUUCAAGCUCAUCAACACGCACCACAAGGUCAACCUGGGUUUGACUAUUUCUUUUCAGCUGCUCAACACCCCUCCCAAAACAAC